UAGAGUCUUGCAUCCUGGUAACUUGCUUCUUCCAAGUCCCAACACUAGAAAAACAAAACUGAUAGAAGUGCAGGAAAGGAAACCAUCCAGAGAUGGCGGACCGCCUUCACCUGCUUCUGCUCGCAGCCCUCAUCGUCUUCACCGCUUCAUCGGCACCGUCGAAAUCAUCGACGUCGUCCUUUUUUUCUCUAUCUAACGGCUCGCCGCGCUUUCCGCGGUACUCUGUCUGGCACCGAACCAGUACCCAACCGCUCCGGCGAGAUCAACCGGAGUACCAGUACGAGACUAGGUAUUUCUCCCAACGGCUCGACCACUUCAGCUUCGCCGAUCUCCCGACGUUCUCACAACGGUACCUUAUCAACUUCGAUCACUGGCUCGGCCCGGCCCGGCUCGGCCCGAUCUUCCUCUACUGCGGCAACGAAGGGGAUAUCGAGUGGUUCGCCACAAAUUCUGGGUUCAUGUGGGAGAUUGCUCCCAAGUUUGGUGCCUUGCUUGUUUUCCCCGAGCAUAGGUAUUAUGGGGAAUCGAUGCCUUUCGGGGGAAGGGAAGAGGCCUACAAGAACGCUAGCACAUUAUCCUAUCUCACAACUGAGCAAGCUCUCGCGGAUUUUGCCGUCUUUAUCACUGAUUUGAAGCGGAACUUAUCCGCGGAAUCGUGCCCUGUUGUGUUGUUUGGAGGAUCAUAUGGAGGAAUGUUAGCAGCAUGGAUGAGGCUCAAAUAUCCUCAUAUCGCAAUAGGGGCCUUAGCUUCAUCGGCCCCGAUUCUUCAGUUCGAAGAUAUUGUGCCUCCCGAGACUUUUUAUGACAUUGUAUCAAAUGAUUUCAGGCGUGAGAGCACUAGCUGCUUCAACACCAUUAAGGAGUCAUGGGAUGCAAUUACUGAAGAGGGUCAGAAAGAGAAUGGCCUUCAGCGCCUUACAAAAACGUUUCACUUUUGUCGAGAGUUGAAGAGUACUGAUGAUCUUGCAGACUGGUUGAGUUCUGCUUACAGUUAUUUGGCCAUGGUGGACUACCCAUAUCCUGCUAAUUUCAUGAUGCCUAUGCCUGGACAUCCCAUUAGAGAGGUCUGCAGAAGGGUUGAUGAGUCUCAUGAUGGUACUAGUAUCCUAGAUCGCAUAUUUGCGGGAGUAAGUGUGUACUACAACUAUACCGGAAAUGUUGGUUGCUUCAAGUUGGAUGAUGAUCCCCAUGGUUUGGACGGUUGGGAUUUUCAGGCAUGCACUGAGAUGGUCAUGCCCAUGUCUAGCAGCAAGGAGAAUAGCAUGUUUCCAACAUAUGAUUUCAAUUAUUCUUCAUACAAAGAAGAAUGCUGGGACAUGUUUCGGGUCAUACCAAGGCCUAGAUGGAUCACAACAGAGUUUGGUGGACAUGGCAUAGAGACCAUCUUGAAGAUGUUUGGAAGUAACAUCAUCUUCUCAAAUGGUCUAUUAGAUCCUUGGAGCGGUGGGAGUAUCCUCAAGAAUAUAUCGGAGACCAUCGUGGCUCUUGUUACAAAAGAAGGUGCGCAUCACUUGGAUUUGCGGCCUUCGACCCCUGAAGACCCUCAAUGGUUGGUGGAGCAGAGAGAAGCCGAGAUUCGGGUGAUCCAAGGUUGGAUUAAUAGCUAUCGAAAAGAAAAGAUAUCGACUUUUUCUAUGUGAAAACUGUAGGCCAGAACCAGAUGAAUAAAAAAUGUUAAAGAAUCGUCUCAGUUCAUGUAACAAAAAGACUUGUGAGACGGUGCAACUUGACAAACGUUCCAGGUCUUGUGUUCGUUUCAGUGGAACUGGUUGUACCUUCUUAUUUUGUUCAUGUUGUGGUUUCUCUAC